CACAUCGUGGUGACAACACACACACUCACAGAGAGAGGCAACGAGUCCGCCUGCAUGUCUCACUCGGUCAGUGGAUCAAUUCCUCUUCCAGCAGAUCCAGUUAGACAGCACCCGAAUCCAGAGUGACUCUCCUUGGUUUAAGAUCUUAUCAGAGCCUGUCAUUCCCAGAGAGAACCGCAGCAACUGGAUGAAGUACAGAAGGAGCUUUAAGAACGGGAGGAGGGACGCCGGUUAACAGAUUAAAGCCCCUCUCUCUCUCUCUCUCUUUCUCUCCCUCAACUCUAGGCACCGCAUGCUGUAAUCACAUUGCUUCUGUGUAAUUUUCUCCUCUAAAUUACUUGUUCUUCCUUUCGACACUGCUGUGGUUUUGGGGAAAAGGCAGAGCAUUCAGAAGGACUUUUCUGUCUCUUGUGUGUUCUCUCUCUCUAUCAGUCUCUCUGUCUUUCAAUGUAAGUGGAAGGUGGGUUUGGGGGGAGUGAUUUAGGGAGUGGGGAUAAACGUUGUGGCCAGCUGGAGAGAUGGGAAAAUCCAACAGCAAACUAAAGCCGGAGGUAGUGGAAGAGCUGUGCAGAAAGACCUACUUCACGGAAAAGGAAGUUCAGCAGUGGUAUAAGGGUUUCAUUAAAGACUGCCCCAGUGGUCAGUUGGACUCGGCUGGAUUUCAGAAGAUCUACAAGCAGUUCUUCCCCUUUGGCGAUCCCACCAAAUUUGCCACCUUUGUCUUCAAUGUCUUUGAUGAGAACAAGGAUGGACGCAUUGAGUUCUCCGAGUUCAUUCAAGCUCUGUCUGUCACAUCAAGAGGGACAUUGGAUGAGAAACUUAGAUGGGCCUUUAAACUGUAUGAUCUCGAUAAUGAUGGCUACAUAACCCGAGAUGAGAUGCUGAACAUCGUGGAUGCCAUCUACCAAAUGGUGGGCAAUACAGUGGAACUUCCUGAGGAGGAAAACACGCCAGAGAAAAGAGUCGACCGCAUCUUUGCUAUGAUGGAUAAGAAUGCAGAUGGUUUGUUGACCCUCCAGGAGUUUCAGGAGGGGUCAAAGGCAGACCCCUCUAUUGUACAGGCACUCUCCCUUUACGAUGGCCUGGUUUAAGCCUACAGUAUCUCAAAGUGGCAUUUAGUAAUUACUUCAAUUCAUUUAUGUCAUUCUGCUGGCACUGUGAGAGCAAAGCUGACCUGUCAUGUAGAAUCCUACAAACUCUCAGACCUGGACUGCAGAAGUGGAUUGUUGGCGUUGUCUUGAGAGUGGAUCAGCUGUCAAUCACUCAUCUCUCCACUGUCAUUGGAAAACAGAUAUCAGAUCAAGACAAUACAAACUCUUAACUCUGAUGAGAUCUAAUUUGAAAUGACUAAAAUAUAUUUAAGGACAUAUACACCAGUGUUAUUAAAUGUUUAACUGAAAUAUUCUGCAGUGAACAAUUUCCUUAUAUUCUUGUGGUCUUUGUCAUGAGUGAUAAGAUGGACCUCGCUGGAUUUGGUCUGGUUUUUAUUACAUGAUGAACAAAGAUGAAGUAUUGCACCUAAAGUACUUUGGCAUUGGAGUUGUCAUUGAGCAAAAUGCAAUUUGGUUGUAUUUAUUUAUAUUAACUUACUACUAACAACAACAAACAAUAAACCACCUUGGCAGCCAUGUCUUUGAAACUGUAUUCAAUUGAGAGUGAGAGUAUCUGACAUGGCCCUGUUUUUUGGCUGAGCAUCUCUUGCUGCAAUCUCCUUGUAUACCAUGUGAAAUAUAAUGCUAUUUUACUGAAGUAUUGUGCUAAAGUAUUGACCGUGCUGUUGUGAUAGUGUGGGCCUUUGUAUAAUGCAAUCAACACAUGCAAACAUGUGCUUCUGGCAUAGAGCGAUUAUGUUGAACAUUUGAUUUGUGUGAAUGAAUGAAAUCACAUCAUAUGGAUAGCAGCUCUUAUCAGCAGCAUCAAACAUGCACACAUCAGUUGAUGUUUUGAUUUCUGGUAAGAUUGACAGGGCAUGGUUAACAUUACCACUUUGAAUUUAAAAAACUUUUUUAAGUGCUACAUUUUAAAGAUUGUUUUAAUGUGAUUAUCAUUGCUCAAUCUAUCCUAAUUUAUAAAAUUCACUGCUGAGUUUGUUUUUAUUUUCAUACAGAUGCUGCAGUAGAUGAAAUAUCAUGCAUACAAUUCUACAGCACAUCAUGUAGUAAUGUACUGUAUUAUGUCAAUGUUAAUGAAGUCUUUUUAGAUAAAUAAAAGCUUUUUUAAUAAA